AUGGCAGAAGAAAAAAUUAAACUAAAUUCAGAAGAAAAAAAAGAAGUAAAUGGUGAUAAAAAAAAGGAUUUAUCGUUGGAUUUAGAAGAAAUAAAUAGUGAUAAAAAAAAGGAUUUGCCAUUAGAUUUAGGAGGAAAAAAAGAAAUUUCUGUAAAUGAUAAUAAAAAAAAGGAGUCAUCUUUUCUUACCUCUAGUAUAACUAUUAAGGAUAAAGAUAAAGAUGCGGGAACAGAAGAUUUUGAAUUGAAAUGUAUCCAGGAAAGUUUUAUAGAAAAAAAUUUGCAAGAUAAAGUACUUUUUAAAUCUAAAUGUAAUCUUUUUAUUUUUAAUAAAAAAAAAAAGAAGUAUGAAGAGAGAGGAACAGGCGAUAUUAUGAUUAAUAUUGAGAAAAAGACUAAUAUGGUCAAAGUUGUAAUGAUAAGAGAAACUAUUUCUAGGUUUGGCUGUCAUCAUUAUAUUAAUCCUAAACAUAAAUUAAUAAAAAAUAAUAAUAUUAAAAAUGGAUGGGUGUGGUGCACCACAGAAGAUACUGUUGAGGAUGACAAUGAAAAGACUAAAUUUUAUUUAGUGAAAUUUGAUAAUGAGGAUGAUACAAAAAAAUUUAAAGAAGAAUAUGAAAAAGGAAUGGAGGAUAAUAAAAAACUAUUAGAAAAACAAUAA